AUGGCCUCCACAUCCGCUCAGCCCGCCGCUGCCGCCGCUGGCUCAGAGGCGCUGCCGCCUACGGAGAAGAUGACGAGUCGGGACUACUAUGCGGACAGUUACGCUCACUUCGGUAUCCACGAAGAAAUGCUCAAAGACUCCGUCCGGACCCUGUCUUACAGGAACGCCAUCAUGCAGAACCCGCACCUCUUCAAGGGCAAGACCGUCCUUGAUGUCGGCUGCGGUACCGGUAUCCUCUCAAUGUUUGCCUCCAAGGCCGGUGCCAAGCUCGUCAUCGGUAUUGACAUGUCCAACAUUCUCGACCAGGCUGAGAAGAUUGUUCGCGCCAACGGCUUCGACGAGAACCAGAUUGUCCUUAUCAAGGGCAAGCUGGAGGAUAUCGAAUUACCCGUCAAGGAGGUUGACAUCAUCAUUUCCGAGUGGAUGGGCUAUUUCUUGCUUUAUGAAUCCAUGCUCGACACUGUCCUUCUCGCUCGGGACAAGUACCUGGCCCCUGGCGGUCUCCUCUUCCCUGAUAAAGCGACCAUCUUCCUCGCCGCCAUCGAAGAUCAAGACUACAAGGAAGAAAAGAUCAACUUCUGGGAAGACGUCUACGGCUUCGACUACUCGUGCAUCAAAGAUAUCGCACUCAGGGAACCGCUCGUCGACUGCGUCGAGCUCCGGUCGGUCGUCACCCAGCCUUGUGCCAUCAAGCACAUUGAUAUCGCCACGGCUACGAAGGAGGACUUGACCUUCAAGGUGCCCUUUGAGCUCAAGGCGACCCGGAACGACUACAUCCAUGCUUUCCUCGGCUGGUUCGAUAUCUCCUUCUCGUGCUGCCACAAGCCUAUCAACUUCUCCACCGGCCCACAAGCCAAGUACACUCACUGGAAACAGACCGUCUUCUACACCACCGAGACAUUGACCGUGUCUGAAGGCGAGUCGAUCCGCGGACAAUUGUCAUGUGCGCCCAACGCGCGCAACAACCGGGAUUUGGAUAUCGUCGUGGAUUACGAGGUUACGGGGGACCAGGCGACUUCGGGCCAGAUGGUGUACAAGAUGUGA